AUGAGUCUCGCCGAGGCGCCGUCGCUCAAGAGCGGCGAGGCCUGCAAGAGCACGCCCGACGACAGCAGCUACGACGACUCGACGCCGCGGGCUGCCGACAACAACACGGACCCCGAGUCCCAGGCGAGCGACGGCACCAAGAAGAACAGCAAGGGCAAGAAGCGGAGCUUGUUUGGCUUCGGCAAGAAGAAGCCCGACACUUCCUUCAAGUCUGGGUCCAGCACUGAGCCGCCCUCGCUGCCCAAGGACGGCUCCAAGCUCUCGUCGACGUCUCGGUCCACGGCGUCACCGACCCCCAACGCGACGACGCAAGGCGAACACGGCCACGCCUUUGUGCUACCCGCCUCACCAACCCGCGGGCUGUCGGGUUCACCCCGCGUGUCGUCUCCCGCAGGCUCCCAAAUCUUUGAGCGAGACGUCCAGGACAGCACCGUGCUGAAGCCGAGCUCCCCGGCGAUUCCAACCCACAUACAGACCGAGAACUACAUCCCCCCGGUACUCGACGACGCAUCCGAAGCCAUCACCAAUCAGAAGCUCGACCCAGACGCCGUCGAGAUUGUCACGCACUCCUCACACCAGCCAGCCUCGGUCACGGUCACCGGAGCGGCCGCGACGCAGGGCAGCAGUACCCCGUACGACCAGACGUCGAGCGAGUGGGCCGCGGAGCUGGCCUCCUUUGCGGACCGCGUUGGGCUGCCACCUGAUAACGCAUCCCACUAUGGCUCGCUGGACUCUGCCGACGUGCGCAGGCUGUCCUUUAUCUCGUUUGCCGACGUCGUCCAGGCCGAACACAACCCGCAUGCCGCCACUGUCGGAUCGCGUGAGAGCAUCCACAUGGCGGGGCUGACGUCGAUUCCUCCACCGGUACUGAACCGGUCGCCGUCGCCGAUUCGCUCGCCCGUAUCCAGCCAGGGCCCUGGAACGAGCCCUCCGACGAGCAACCCCGGCAGCAUGAAGGGCGUCGACCUGAGCCCGCCUCGCAAGCCCCUGGGGAGCCCAGGCAGCGGCGGGCCACACAACCUCGCCGCACCAAAUGACCUGAACAUCGAGACGAUGCGGCAAGCACUGAGACGGACGGGAAGCGCAGAUCUGGGCGGCGUGCGGAGCAUGCCCACGAGCCCCGUCGAGGGGCCCGGGUCCCGCUGA